AUGUCUAUCAAAAGCUUUUCUAUUGAAGUUGCACCUGCUGCACCUGGAGAGUCUGCCACACGUCGAUCAAUCCUCUCGCCUAGUGAAUUAAUGGUGACUCCUGCCUUGGGUGUCGAGACGUUGCAUGAUAUUCUCCAAUAUAGUGCUACCCACUACAGGGACCGCGAUGGAUUUGGCUACAGAGUAUUGGAGGACACGAUUGUAGAAGAAAAAGAUGUCACAAAGACCGUCAAUGGGGUCGAAAAGACCGAAACAAAGAUCUGGACAUAUCUCCAGCUCAGCAAGUAUUCUUAUUUUACCUAUGGUGAAGCCUUGGAAAUUGCCAAGGCUCUUGGUUCAGGCCUCUCCAAAAUCGGCAUGCAAAAGCAAGAUAAACUUCAGAUCUCUGCUUCCACAAGUGUGGAGUGGAUGAUGAUGGCGCAUGCUGCAUUUAGUCAAACUAUUACCAUCGUCACAGCCUAUGAUACCCUUGGAGCAGAAGGUCUUCAACACGCCAUGAACGAAGCAGAAUCAGCAACCUGUUUUAUCAACGGCGAUCAAUUCCCGAUCAUCGAACAGAUCCUUCCGUCCUGUCCCACAGUCAAGAACAUCAUCUAUCGAGGAAAGGUCAAGCAAGAAGACAUCAAGCGGAUCCAAAAGAGUGGUCAGAUCCAGUAUGCCCUCUCUUAUGAGGAACUCCUGUCUCUUGGCCAACAGAACCAGCUUCCACCAGUCAAGCCAAAAAGCGAAGACAUCUGCUGUAUCAUGUACACAAGCGGAAGCACAGGAAACCCCAAAGGUGUCGUCUUGUCCCACAAGAACGUUGUCGCAGCAGUGGCUGGUUGUUGCCGUAUGUUGCAACAUCUGGUUGAAGAAGGUGACCGAGUCUUGGCUUAUCUACCACUCGCCCACGUCCUCGAAUUCCUUGUCGAAAGUCUGUGUAUAUUCUUUGGCGUCACCCUUGGCUAUGGUUCGAUCCGUACUCUGACCGAGGUGUCCGUGCGUAACUGCCGGGGUGACAUCCAAGAAUUCGCACCAACCAUCCUCACAGGCGUACCUCAGGUCUGGGAGACCAUCCGCAAGUCGAUCCUGACAAAGGUUGUCCAAAAGGGUCCUCGCAUCGAGAAAAUCUUCCAUGGCGCGCUGGACCUCAAGGACUACAUGUCAGGCUACGGUCUCCCAACCGGAUUCCUGGACAAGGUUGUGUUCAACAACGUAAAGAAACAACUGGGAGGUAAAUUGCGUUAUGGUCUUUCGGGAGGCGCUCCUCUUUCAGCAGAAACCCAACGAUUCCUUUCCAUGUCGGCGUGUCCAUUAUUGGGUGGAUACGGAAUGACGGAGAGCUGUAGUAUGUGUGCAGUCAUGUCUCCAGAUCAAUUUGCUUAUGGAGAAGUUGGUGCACCUGUACCAUGCGUGGAGGUCAAGUUUGUCGAUGUCCCUGAAGCCGGGUACCUGUCCACAAACCUCCCUCGUCCUCAGGGCGAAAUCUGGAUCAGAGGCCCUUCGAUCACAUCCGGAUACUUUAAGCAGGAAAACACGACCCGCGAAACACUGACCCCGGAUGGUUGGUUGAUGACCGGAGACAUUGGCGAAUGGACCGACAGAGGAACCCUGUGCAUCAUCGACAGAAAGAAAAACCUGGUCAAGAUGAGCAACGGCGAGUACAUCGCCCUUGAGAAACUCGAGAGUGUCUACAAGACGUCGGUCAUAGUCGAAAACAUGUGUGUCUGCGCAGACUCUCUCUAUGCCAAACCAAUUGCCCUCGUGGUUCCUGCCGAAGGGGCUUUGCGUGCACUUGCCUUGAAGAGUGGCGGAAUUCAGAUCGAGAGCUGGGAUGAACUGUGCGAAAAUAAGGAUGUGCGUAAAUUGGUACAUGAAGUCUUGCUCCAACAAGGCAAAAAGGGUGGGCUCAAGGGAGCAGAAUUAUUGUUUGAUAUCUGGGUCUGCAAAGAAUUAUGGACCCCAGAAUCGGGAUAUCUUACACCUGCCCAGAAGCUUAAACGCAAAGAGAUCCUCACCUAUUACUCCAAGCAGUUGAAGGAAAUAAACACACGUCAAAUUAUUUAAUAUCCCUGCACCUAUUCCCCCUCUUCAUUUUCUAUCUAUCUAUCUAUUCAUUUUCUUUUAAACAAAACUUUAGCUUAUCAAAUCUCCAAUGUAAAGAGAAAGAUAUAUAUAUAUAUCUUUCUCAUUUAACAAGCUCUCCUUUAGCGAUUAUUAUCAGAUCGUCAUUAAGAUAGAGAGACAACCAUAUUCUUGCUCAUUCACUCAUUCAUUUACUCGUUCAUUCAAUAUUUCAAUAUUUCAUUAUUUUGAUUUGAUUUGAUUUGAUUUGGCUUUAUUGGUAUAAAAGAAAAGCAGGUGUGCUGAUGAUAAUCACAUGCUUUUUUUUUGUAUAUAUAUAAAAAGAAAAAUAUACAAGUAAACUGUUGUUAAUAUGU